AAAUCUAUCACGGCCUGAAAGGGGCGGAGCAGAGGAUUCCUUUUGCUCGUGGCGCCGCAACGGGCUAACGGCGGCCGGAGGUGCCGGCGUGGCUGCCCCCCGCUGGCUGCGUACCGGCGAUGCCAUGCCACGGCCAGGUCGGAAAGCACGGGGCACCCUCCGCCUCCCCCUUGGAGCGGAGGACAGAAAUGUUCUGGGUCUGCCGGCCGUUCGGCUGGCCAAGAACUUCCUUGAUGGGCGUCCUGCUGUCCGAGUCCCGAAAUGGUCGAUGCUGCCGGCGAGGCUCCGCCAACGUCCAGGUGGAAGGCGCGCGCGCGGAGCCACCGACUUAGCUGCAACACCUCAGAAGUGAAGUUCAGCAAUUUUUCCGCUGCAGUGCAUCUCGCUGAGUCGCCGUUGUCGUGUUGGCCUGUUGGGGUAGCUCGUGGCGGUCAACUACGUUGCUAUUAUUUACUCUUCAACCUUGCCGCCUUACAUUUCAUCAAUUUUCAGUCCGAAGGAUUGCACGAACAUGUCCUUCAUAUUUAGGAUUAGGAGAUAUCUCCAGUUUUACAAGUUCAACCAUGACCCUCUGCUUCACCCCUCAAAAUCAUAUGAUGCCUGUGGCAGCCAUAGCAGCGCUGCACCUGCUACAUCUCCUGGCAGUCACACCAGUGCUCCACGUAGCCGCCAACGUAGCAUUGCCUGGUUGCCUUAGCAAGUGUGGCGAGGUCAGUGUUCCUUACCCAUUUGGUGUUGGUACCGGUUGCUACUACGAGGGAUUUAUGCUCACCUGUGAUGAGACCCACAGUCCCCCUAAGCUCUUCUUGGGCAAUACUAGCACUGUGGUGCUCGACAUUUUUCUGCAUGAUGGGAGGCUGGACAUUGAUAAUGGUAUCACCAGUUUGACAGGGAGAAAUCUGUACAGUAUGAACUGGGGGGCCCCCCUUGACAACAGCAUCUACACACUGUCCUCUUUCUGGAACAACUUCUUCGUCAUGGGGUGUGGGUUCAAGUUUCAAGUCAAGCUCCCAGAUUCAGAAAGCAUGAUCGUUAUGUGUGAUUCGUCAUGCCUGAAUGGGCAUCCUGCGGUAGCCACUGAUGGCACAUGCUCUGGUGUUGGCUGCUGCGAGGCAUCCUUGCCGGGAUCAAGCAACAUGUAUUCAAUCAAGCUUGACCCUUUGGGUACAGAAAAUGGCACGAUGGAGCAGCCAUUCAACGCUACCUUUGUAAUUGCAGAUAAGGAAUGGUGGAACACAAACAACCAUGGUAUGUUGUUGCAGAAGGCAGUCUCAGAUGGCCUAGUCACACAAUGGGGCAUACCUGGCUCUGCUCCUCCGCUGCAGAUCAAGGCUGGUGGCAAGUGGAAUUUUAGAAACUUGUCUUGUGCAGAUGCGAAGAGAUCAAGUGAUUAUGGGUGCCUUAGCUCCAAUAGUUACUGCCAUGAUCACUGGAAUGGUGAAUCAUCAGGGUACAUAUGCCGCUGCAAACAUGGCUAUGAGGGCAACCCUUACAUAACAAAUGGAUGCCAUGCUGAUACUCAUGAGUGUACAAUCCGAGAUAAGUACCCAUGCUUUGGCGAUUGCAUUAUGAUGGAUGGAUCCUAUAAUUGCAUCUGUCCAUAUGGCACCUCUGGGAACCCCAAGAAACCACGUGGUUGCAUCAAAGAUACAGAGAAAUUUUCAGGAUUAGCUGUUGCUACAGGAAUUUGGUGUGGCGGAGGCCUUGUUCUUCUCAUUUUCGCUGCUAUUCUCUUGAGGCAAAAGCUAAGAGCCCGAAAAGCCAAGAAGUUGAGAAAUUUUUAUUUCAGGAAAAACCGUGGGUUGUUGUUGCAACAAUUAGUAGACAAGGAUAUUGCAGAAAGGAUGAUCUUCAGCUUGGAAGAGCUAGAAAAGGCAACAAAUACAUUCCAUGAGGAUCGGAAGAUCGGCAAAGGAGGCCACGGUACUGUCUACAAAGGCAUUUUGUCUGACCAACGUGUUGUAGCCAUUAAAAUGUCAAGACGGGCAAUACAGAGUGAAACUGACAAUUUCAUAAAUGAGGUUGCCAUUCUUUCUCAAGUAAAUCACAGAAAUGUCGUAAAACUCUUCGGAUGCUGUCUGGAGACAGAGGUUCCAUUGUUAGUGUAUGAGUUUAUUUCAAAUGGAACCCUUUAUGAUCAUCUUCAUGUCAAUUCUCCACAAUCAUUGGCAUGGAGGGAACGACUGAGAAUUGCCCUUGAAGUUGCGAGAUCUCUUGCCUAUCUACACUCUGCUGCUUCGAUAUCAAUAGUUCACAGAGAUAUCAAGGCUACCAAUAUUCUGCUUGAUGAUAAUCUAACAGCGAAGGUGUCAGACUUCGGAGCUUCUCGAGGUAUCCCUAUUGAUGAGACUAGAAUAACCACAGCCAUUCAAGGAACAUUUGGAUAUCUAGAUCCAGAAUGCUAUAACACGAGACAGCUCACUGAGAAGAGCGAUGUGUACAGCUUUGGUGUCAUGCUUGUGGAGCUUUUAACAAGGGAGAAACCACAUAUUUACAUGUCAGCGGCAGGUUACAGUCUAGUGGAGCAGUUUCUGAUACUACAUAGGCAGGACAAGCUCUCUGAGAUACUAGACCCACAAGUUGCCAAAGAAGGGGAGGAAGAAGCCAGAGUAGUGGCAGAGAUCGCAGCAAUGUGUGUAAGCUCAAGCGGGGAAGAUAGGCCCACGAUGAAGCAAGUCGAGAUAAGACUUGAGGUACUGCAAAGUGCAGCAACCAACAUUAAAAACACUCCAAGAACUGAGGAGCACGUAGUGAACAUUCCUUUAGCCGGGCGACUGAGUUGUACUGGUGGGAAUGACAUCAGCAGGCGGUUUAGUAUGGAAAGGGAGAUCUUGAUGUCCAUGGAUUUCCCACGUUAACUUGGGUCACUUUGUACUCGCUUUAUAAUGUUUAUUUAUUUAUAGAUGUAAUUAUUAG